UUAUAAGGAAGCUGCAGUUUACUUGUUCACACUUUUAGAGACACAGGCCUUCUUUUCAUCCAAUCCAUUAGACCUUGCUGUCUGUCUGUUCAGAAUGAGAGCUCUUGUUGUUCUCCUGCUUGUGGCUGUGGCCAGUGCUAAGGUGUAUGACAGAUGUGAGCUGGCCAGAGCGCUGAAGGCAUCCGGAAUGGAUGGCUACGCUGGAAACAGCCUCCCCAACUGGGUGUGCCUGUCUAAAUGGGAGUCGAGCUACAAUACCCAGGCCACCAACCGCAACACCGACGGCUCCACCGACUAUGGCAUCUUCCAGAUCAACAGCCGCUACUGGUGUGACGACGGACGUACCCCGGGGGCUAAGAACGUCUGUGGUAUCCGCUGCAACCAGCUGCUAACUGAUGACAUCACAGUGGCGAUCCGUUGUGCCAAGCGUGUGGUGUUGGACCCGAACGGAAUCGGGGCAUGGGUGGCUUGGCGCCUUCACUGUCAGAAUCAGGACCUGAGGUCCUACGUGGCUGGCUGCGGGGUCUAAGACCAUACUGGAGCAGCUGAACACUUCUCAACCCAUUCUGAAGCAGACUUAACUCAUAGGAUGAAUCCAUUCUGUACUAUCCAUCAGCAUCUGCAGCUUUAACUAGUAAACUUUCACAUAUUGAUACAUUUUAGAUUUAAGCAAUAAGGGCCUAGGGGGUGUGGUAUAUUGMCAAUAUACCACAACCCCCCCGAG